GGUUGCCGGGGCAACGGCGGGCGGGGCCAGGCUAGGUGGGCCCGACGGUGUCGGCGGCACGGUCCCCCCGGUCCCGGUCCCGGUCCCGUCCCGGCGCGAUGCAGCUGCGGCACGUGCGGACUCUGCUGGCCCCGCAGGACGGGACGGCGCGGGUGACCUGCAUGGCCUGGUCCGCCAGCAGCGCACGGUUCGCCGUCUGCACCGCCGACCGGGUGGUGCUGCUGUACGAUGAGCAGGGCGAGCGGCGCGACAAGUUCUCCACCAAGCCCGCCGACGCCAAGUACGGCAGGAAAAGCUACGUGGUCAAAGGCAUGGCCUUCUCCCCGGACUCCACCAAAAUCGCCAUCGGCCAAACGGACAACAUUGUCUACGUCUACAGGAUUGGAGAGGAGUGGGGUGACAAGAAGGUGAUAUGCAACAAGUUCAUCCAAACGAGUUCUGUGACCUGCUUGUCGUGGCCAGCGGAGAAUAUCAUUGUCUUUGGUCUUGCUGAAGGAAAGGUUCGUUUAGCAAAUACAAAGAACAACAAGUCUUCCACCAUUUAUGGGACAGAUUCCUAUGUGGUCUCGCUAACUUCCAAUGUGUCGGGGAAGGGAAUCCUGUCUGGCCAUGCAGAUGGAACCAUAGUACGCUUCUUCUUUGAUGAUGAGGGCUCAGGUGAAUCACAGGGUAAGUUGGUGAUGCAUCCCUGUCCUCCUUAUGCCCUCGCCUGGGCUUCCAACAGCAUUGUGGCUGCAGGCUGCGAUAAGAAGAUUGUAGCUUAUGGGAAGGAGGGCAAUGUGAUUCAAACCUUUGACUAUAGCCGGGACCUCUCGGAGAAGGAAUUCACCACAGCGGCUGCCAGUCCUGGUGGCCAGUCUGUGGUCAUUGGCAGCUAUGAUAGGUUACGGGUUUUGAACUGGAGCCCACGCCGCAGUGCCUGGGAGGAAGGCAAACCCAAAGAAAUAGCUCACCUCUACACCAUCACAGCUUUAGCGUGGAAGAGGGAUGGUUCACGGAUCUGUGUGGGCACUCUCUGUGGAGGAGUUGAACAAUUUGACUGCUGCCUUCGCAGAAGCAUUUAUAAAAAUAAAUUUGAAAUUACAUAUGUGGGACCAAGCCAGGUCAUUGUGAAGAACCUCUCAACAGGAACUCGAGUUGUGUUGAAAUCCCAGUAUGGUUACGAGAUUGAUGAGGUGAAGAUCUUAGGGAAAGACAGGUAUCUGGUGGCCCAUACCUCAGACACGUUACUGCUGGGUGACAUCAGCUCCAACAAGCUCAGUGAGGUAGCCUGGCAAGGAUCUGGAGGGAAUGAGAAGUUCUUCUUUGACAAUGAGAACGUCUGCAUGAUCUUUAAUGCUGGAGAGCUGACACUGGUGGAAUAUGGAAGCAAUGACAUCCUAGGGUCUGUCCGCACAGAGUUCAUGAACCCUCAUCUUGUCAGUGUCCGUAUCAAUGAGAGAAGGCAGAGAGGCGUGGAAGAGAACAAGAGACUGGCUUAUCUGAUAGACAUCAAGACUAUAGCAACAGUGGACCUUGUUGGUAGCUACAAUGCUGGCACUAUCAGCCAUGACAGCAAGAUUGAUUGGCUGGAGCUGAAUGAAACAGGCCACAAACUACUCUUCAGGGACAAGAAGAUGAGGUUGCAGCUCUAUGACAUUGAAAGCAGCACCAAGACUACCAUUUUGAACUAUUGCUCCUAUGUGCAAUGGGUCCCAGGCAGUGAUGUGGUGGUGGCUCAGAACAGAAACAGCCUCUGCAUUUGGUAUAACAUUGAUGCUCCAGAGCGAGUCACCAUGUUUCCUCUGAAGGGGGAUAUUGUAGACUUGGAACGGAAUGAUGGAAAGACUGAAGUGAUAGUGUCUGAAGGGGUGAACACUGUGUCCUACACCCUGGACGAAGGCCUCAUAGAGUUUGGAACUGCCAUUGAUGAUGGUGAUUAUCACAGGGCUACUGCAUUUUUGGAGACACUGGAAAUGUCCACAGAGACGGAAGCCAUGUGGAAGACCCUAAGCAGACUGGCUUUGGAAGCUAGACAGCUGCACAUUGCAGAGAGGUGCUUUGCAGCUCUGGGCAACAUGGCCAAGGCUCGAUUUCUGCAUGAAACCAAUACCAUUGCUGACCAGGCAGCUCAAGAGCACGGUGGGGAUGGUACAGACCAUUAUCUGGUGCGUGCCCGCUUGGCCAUGCUAGACAAGAACUACAAGCUGGCAGAGAUGAUCUUCCUGGAACAAAAUGCCACAGAGGAGGCCAUGGACAUGUACCAGGAGCUGCACAUGUGGGAUGAAUGCAUUGUGGUUGCUGAGGCCAAGGGACACCCGAUGCUAGAUAAGUUGCGUCGGGGUUACUACCAGUGGCUGCUGGAUACCCAGCAGGAAGAGAAGGCUGGGGAGGUCCAAGAAGGACAGGGCGACUACCUGGCAGCCAUCAGCUUAUACCUGCGGGCAGGGCUGCCAGCCAAAGCAGCACGGCUGGCCAUGGGCAGGGAUGAGCUCCUGACCAACGGGGAUGUCAUCAAUAGGGUCUCCACAGCACUGAUCAGAGGCGAACUGUAUGAACAGGCUGGAGACCUGUUUGAGAAAGUUGGGAACCCACGGAAGGCUCUGGAGUGCUAUUGCAAGGGCAAUGCCUUCCUGAAAGCAGUGGAACUGGCUCGCCUGGCGUUUCCUGCAGAAGUUGUGAAGCUGGAGGAGGCCUGGGGAGACCAUCUGGUACAGCAGAAACAGCUGGAUGCUGCUAUUAACCACUAUAUUGAAGCCAGGUGCUCAAUUAAGGCCAUUGAGGCAGCCUUGGGAGCCCGGCAAUGGAAGAAGGCCAUCUACAUUUUGGACUUGCAGGACAAACAGACAGCAGCCAAAUAUUAUCUCAAGAUUGCCCAGCACUAUGCAGCUUUACAGGAGUAUCAGGUUGCAGAGGAGCUGUACAUCAAAGGAGACCGGACCAAGGAUGCCAUUGACAUGUACACACAGGCUGGGCUCUGGGAACAGGCUCACAAGCUGGCAGUCAAGUGUAUGAGUCAGGAAGAUGUGUCGGUGCUCUAUGUGACCCAGGCCCAAGAGAUGGAGAAGCAGGGCAAGUACAAAGAAGCAGAGAGGCUGUAUAUCACUGUGAAUGAACCUGAUUUGGCCAUCACCAUGUACAAGAAGUGUAAGAUGUAUGAUGAGAUGGUUUGCCUAGUGGCCAAGUAUCACAAGGACUUACUCAGCGAUACCCACCUGCACCUGGGCAAGGAGCUGGAGGCAGAGGGGCGAUUACAGGAGGCCGAGUACCACUACCUGGAAGCUAAGGACUGGAAGGCCACAGUAAACAUGUACAGAGUGAAUGACAUGUGGGAGGAAGCUUACAGGGUGGCCAAGGCACACGGAGGAGCAAACUCCUAUAAGCAUGUGGCUUAUAUGUGGGCAAAGAGCCUGGGUGGAGAGGCAGCUGUGAAACUCCUCAGUAAAUUUGGACUUCUGGAGAUGGCCAUUGACCAUGCAGCAGACAGCGGGGUCUUUGAAUUUGCUUUUGAACUGGCUCGCCUCUCCAUGAAGCAGAAGAUGCCAGAGAUCCACUUAAAGUAUGCCAUGUUCCUAGAAGAUGAGGGCAAAUUUGAAGAGGCUGAAGCAGAAUUUAUUAAAGCUGGGAAACCCAAGGAGGCAGUGCUGAUGUUCGUGCAUAAUCAGAACUGGGAUGCUGCACAGCGGGUGGCUGAGGCUCAUGACCCAGACAGCGUGGCUGAUGUGCUUGUGGGACAGGCACGUUUUGCCUUUGAGCAGAGAGAGUUCCAGAAAGCAGAGGCCUUCCUCCUGCGAGCACAGAGACCUGAGCUGGCAAUAAAGUACUACAAGGAGGCUGGGAUGUGGAGUGAGGCCCUGCGGAUCUGCAAGGAAUACGUGCCUAGUCGGCUAGAAGAGUUACAGGAGGAGUGUGGCAGGGAGGCUGCCAAGAAGGGCACCAGAGGAACAGAAGGGCUGCUGGAGCAGGCACGGGAGUGGGAGCAGGCUGGGGAAUAUGCCAGAGCAGUGGACUGCUAUCUGAAGGUGCGGGAUCCCAGCAACAGCGUCCUGAUGGAGAAGUGUUUGCUGAAGGCUGCUGAGUUGGCCAUUAAAUUCUUGGGUCAGUCACAAAGCAUGGAGGUGACGCGGACUGUGGCUCCUCAGCUGGUGGCCAUGAAGAAAUACAGUGCGCAUCAACUGCAGCCUGGGCUGCAGGGUGCCUUUGGGUUUUCAUCUCCGAUGGAACUGUCUCUGGCCCUGCAGGCAGCUGAACUCUACCUCAACUUGGACCUCAUCCAAGAAGCUAUCGAUGCCUUCAUUGAAGGGGAGGAAUGGAGCAAAGCCAAGCGCGUCGCUAAGGAGUUGGACCCCAGCAGGUCAGAGGAGUAUGUGGACCAGCGUUACAAGGAGUAUUUAAAGAACCAAGGAAAGGUAGAUUCGCUGGUGGGAAUAGAUGUCAUGGCCGCUUUGGAUAUGUACGCAGAGCAGGAGCAAUGGGAGAAGUGCCUAGAGGUUGCGGCUAAGCAGAACUAUAAAGUCUUACACAAGUACGUAGCUCUGUAUGCAACCCACCUCAUCCGGGAAGGAAGCUGGGACAAAGCCCUGAGCCUGUAUGUCCACCAUGGAGCACCUGCCAACCCACAGAAUUUCAACAUUUACAAGCGUCUCUUUGUGGAGAUGGUGAAUGCGCCCGGCAUGAAUUGUGCCGAGGCCUACUCCAGCUGGGCUGACCUGCGCGAGGUUCUUUUCCAUCUGUGUGAAAACUUAGUAAAGUCAAGCGAGGCAAACACUCCAGCACAUGAAGAGUUUGAAACGAUGCUGCUGAUCUCUCACUACUAUGCCACCCGCUCCGCUGCUCAGGGCGUGAAGCAACUGGACACUGUGGCUGCCAAGUUGUCCAUUUCCUUACUGCGCCACACUGAGCUCCUGCCUGCAGACAAGGCUUUCUAUGAAGCUGGGAUAGCUGCCAAGGCAGUCAGCUGGGAGAACAUGGCAUUCAUCUUCCUGAACCGCUUCCUGGACCUCUCAGAUGCCAUUGAAGAAGGGAACCUGGAUUCUCUGGACCACUCUGAUUUCCAGAACACAGACAUUCCCUUUGAAGUGCCACUUCCAGCCCAACAGCACGUCCCUGAGGAGAAGCGGGAGGAGGUCAGGGACUGGGUGCUCACCAUGUCCAUGGACCAGCGGCUGGAGCAGGUGCUGCCACAGGACGAGCGGGACACAUACGAAGCCUCACUGGUGGCAGCAAAUACCGGGGUGCGCUCCCUGCCCUGCGUGCUCACAGGGUACCCUGUGCUGAGGAACAAGAUAGAGUUCAAGCGGCCAGGCCGAGAAACCAACAAGGACACAUGGAACAAGUUCCUGAUGGCUGUCAAGACGUCCCACAGCCCUGCGUGCCAGGAUGUGCUCAAGUUCCUCAGCCAGUGGUGUGGGGGACUCCCGAGCACUAGCUUCUCUUUCCAGUGAGCUGGACCAUGGCAGCUCUCGGGCCUGUCCUGCAACACCCUCCACUUUCACCCCCAGUAAACAUGUUUCUCAA